CAAAACAAUCACGGGAUGAUCGUCUGCAGCCUUGUUUAAUUUUUCAUGCACACAACUUUUCAGAUUGAGUCCCAAGUAAGCAGGCUUUUGAUGUGGGUGUUCGCCGAGUACAGAUGCCCCAAAAGCCCCAUUCCCUCGUUCCAGAUUUUGAAAUAACUUCAUCUUGCUGUCAAGAUAUUUAUGUAUAAGUAGGCCGCUGAAUCAGACGGACAUCGUAAAGACUCAAAAAGUCAUUCGUUCCUUCAAAUCUAGAACUAUCUGUGUCACGAGUUUUAGAGACAAACCAUGAUGCCAAAGUCACAACAAGCAUCCUCGCCUCCACCUGCCUACAUUAAUCACGCUGAUGUUGCUGCGACACACAUUGGAAUACUCCAGAUAGAUUCCGAAAGAAACUCAACCGCUCCAACAAGUCCGAAGACUGUCUCAAUGGAUCAGGAAAUAGCAGAAAACCAUGUUUUGCUAGCUCAGCCACGCACGCAAUAAACAAGAUUGUAUCUCUCCCAUACCUAUUUUAUGCUCGAAUUCGACAGAGAAUCCAAAUACUGAAUCUGAGGAAUUCCUUUCCAAACUUGAGCAUGCAGUUCGGCGUCUAAAGUCGUCUCGGGAAGAUCGACUUAUCUCACGACUUGAGACUGUGCUAUCUCGACAGGCCGAGGCAAACACAAAUUCAUCAUGUGUGAAGAAAGACAUGAGAAAACCAAUCAGGCUUAAAGACGCAGUCGGUAGACGAUUGAGCUUUCCUUAUCACCGAUGUGAAACUUGGACAGGAAGUAAAAUCCCCGCUGUCUGCUGUUUGUAUCUAUUGAAGCAAAAUUAACAUUUCUAUGGAACCGAGGAACUCAUCAAACUAGCAUUCUUGAACGUUGUUACUGUCGGUCAACGUGUAAAUGAGGGACAUUACGAUAUUUUUAAUCCUGCUGGAGAUGUCAUUCUCCCUCAAGUCUGGGAAGACUAUGUGCAGCCUGGAUGGGAGAUUUCCAUGUCAAUUCGGCCAGCGCUGGGGCACCGCGGACCGUGGUAUCCACCACCACCACCCAUGCCACCAUCAAAUGGACCACCCAAUGCACCAGUACAUUUCACUGUCCAUAGAUUACUUGGCCCGCCAAAUCCACCGCCUGUGUGCUUCCGUCCGCAUUAUUCACCGGGCUAUUCCAGUGGUGCAAUUGUCCCAGAGAAAGGAAUACGUAGACUAUGGCAAAAGGUGAAAGGGAUAUUUACCAAGAAACAGUAAGUCCUGGAGAAUUAUUUUAGCCAAGAAUGUCGACUAACGGUACAUGAGGACAAAUUAUGACUCUAAGAGUAUUAGGUCGCUCCUCGAUGAUUGAUUCCAAACAGGUUCUUUCUUUUUCGCUGAGUUUGAGGUUAGAGCAGGAAAAUGAUGUGGUUUUGAGAUUACGGUGCGAAAGGUCACAAUUUACAGUUUUUCGGGUAUCUUGUGGAAAGUACAGAUUGCUAGUAAUUCAAUCAUUUUUUUCUGGUGGUUCAAGGUGAGGUUCUCUUGAUAAUACCAUCAUG